UCUCUCUCUCUCUCACACACUCAGUUUUUAUUCAUUCAUUCUCAGAUGCGUUAUUGUAAAAAUCAAAAGCUUUUCGGAGUAGUUGGUUGAGUGACCCCCACAAUAAUGUCGUCAGGGUUCUCCGGCGCCGGAGUUCCGGACUUCUACACAGCCGGCGGAAGAUCCGUGUUGCCCAUGAGGAACCCUCUAGUUCCGUACAGAUCGCCUCUCGCCGGAAUGCUCCCCGACCAAGCUUCUCAGAUCAUUCACCGCCGAUCAGAUGUGAUCGGCAAACGAUCUCUUACAGAGUUUCAACAACAGCAUCAGUUUCAACAGCUGCAACAACAAGGAUUAGGGCUUUAUCUCAGGAACGUGAAGCCAAGAACGUAUCAGCACACGUCUCCUAUAUCUCCUCUCUCUCCUGUAGAUUUCGCAGCUUCUCUUUCAUCAGAAGCCUCUUCUCUUUCUUCUUCGUCUUCGGCGCCGAUGAGUACACGGCAUGGGUUUCCAAUUAUUCCGCAACUCCAGCCACAACCCAUCACUAACUUCGGCAACGGAAACAAUAGUAUGAUUCCUUCUAGUACCAACAAUUUCUCUAGUGUUUCGUUUCCAAAUUCGGUGCAAAACCAAGUUAUGGGUCAGGAGUUGUUAGGCCAGGAAUCGGAGAAGAAGAUGAUGAAUCGGCUUCAAGAGCUCGAAAAACAGCUCCUAGACGACAACGACGAUGAAAGUGGUGGUACUGUCUCUGUGGUCACCAACAGUGAGUGGUCCGAAACGAUUCAGAGCCUAAUCAGUCCGAGUCAGAAACCCAUUUCACCAUCUCCAACGUCAUCCUCUUCUUCAUGCUCGUCUUCUUCGGCUUCUCCACCAGUAACUUGUCCCAAACAGUCCAUAACCGAGGCUGCCGAGGCUAUAUCAGAAGGCAAGAUAGACGUUGCAGUGGACAUCCUCACGCGCCUAAACCAGGUUUCCAACGUCAGAGGCACUUCGAAGCAGAGGUUGACGGCAUACAUGGUGUCGGCAUUACGGUCGCGCGUGAACCCCACGGAGUAUCCACCAUCUGUCGCCCAACUUUACAGCGAAGAACACAUGGUCUCAACCCAAAUGCUCUACGAUGUAUCUCCAUGUUUCAAGCUUGGAUUCAUGGCAGCAAAUCUAGCUAUCCUCGAAUCUACAUCGGAUCAAACCCGUAACAAGCUUCAUGUUGUCGAUUUUGAAAUUGGUCAGGGUGGUCAGUACGUCCAUUUACUCCAGGCGCUAGCUGCGAGAAAAGCCGAUAAACCCAGUUUGUUGAAGAUCACGACUUUUGUGGACUAUGUCAAUGGCAGUGAAGAUAGGUUGAAGACCGUCGGAAAAGGACUGAAUUCUCUGGCGAGCAAAGUCGGAGUUGGUUUAACUUUUAAUGUUUUGAAUUUCAAAGUAUCUGAUCUGAGUUCUGAGGCAUUGGGUGUUGAAAAUGAUGAAGUUUUGGCCGUUAAUUUCGCAUUUCGGCUUUAUAAGUUGCCGGACGAGAGUGUCACGACUGAGAAUUUAAGGGAUGGGUUGCUCCGCCGUGUGAAGAGUUUGUCGCCGGCCGUGGUGACGGUGGUUGAGCAAGAAAUGAAUGCCAACACUGCGCCGUUUGUGGCGCGUGUCACCGAGGUGUGUGGUUAUUACGAGGCGUUGUUCGACUCGUUUGACGCGACUGUGCUAAUGGAUAACUCGGACCGAGUCAAGAUCGAAGAGGGACUGAGUCGAAAGAUGGUCAACUCGGUUGCGUGUGAAGGGAGGGACCGCGUUGAAAGAUGCGAGGUGUUGGGGAAGUGGCGGGCCCGGAUGAGUAUGGCCGGGUUCCAGGCCAAGCCAAUGAGUCAACUCGUGGCAGAGUCGCUACAUUCUGAACUCAACUCAGGACCACGUGGCAAUCCGAGAUUUACUGUGAAAGAACAGACCGCUGGGAUCUGCUUUGGUUGGAUGGGACGAACACUCACUGUCGCAUCUGCUUGGCGUUAAUACACUUUGGUCCCUUCUCUGAAAAGUAUUGUUAUUAAUUGCCAAAUAUAUUUUGUUAUUGUUGUAUUCACUUCGCUAUGAUAGAAAGGAGGUUGACCCACCAUUUGAAAAGCACAGGUUGUCAAAUCGAGUAGCUUUAUGUAAUGUUCAAAUUGUGUCUUGUGCCAAUCAAAUGGUUUUAGAUUCCAAUUAUUUUGUACUUGUAUCAAUUUUGUUUAAUUAGUGUACUAAAAUUUGUUGGAUGGUACCUAAUUUUCUCUCAUUCGGAUUUGUAACGCCUA